UCCAUCCGUAAUUCCGCAUGAAAUCCCCACCAACUCCCCCGUGCAGCUUGUAAAAAAGUUACAUUUCUUUAACCAACAUUGUCUUUGAUCAGUUUUUGAUCGACCGUUGAAUGAGAAAGUUGCAAGUAAAGCCAAACAAAUCAUUACCUAAGAGCCGAAAACAAACAAAAAUAGAAAAUUAUUAAAUAACUGAUUAUCGAAAAAAAAACAAAUAUUUAUUAUUGAGACACUAAAAAAGUCAUGAAAACGCACGUGUGACUUAUGUGAGAAAUUAUUAAAAAAAAAUAUUGAAAAAAAAAAUCAAGAGCAAAAGAAAGUGAAAUAGCGUUGAUAACGUUGAUUUAUUUGUAAUUAAUUGAGUUGUUUGUUUAUAAAUAAUAUAUUUUUCAUUAAAAAAAUAAAUAAAACUAAAAAGUAAAGUGAAAAACACGAAAUGACCUUUUAUGGACUUCUAAGAGCAUCUCGCUGUGACAAGCGAGUAUUUAUGUUAGUUACAGCAGCAUUUUGUGUGAUAAGACUAUUGACAGGCGUAGAAGCGAUUGGAAAUAGUUCGAUAGAUGAUGAUUACACGCCGUGGUCUAGUUUGUUAGAGGAAGCGACAUUGAGGCAAUCGACAUCACGCAACGGAAGAAUUUUGCUCCCUGCCACAAAUUAUGUGCAACACAACACUUUCAGUCCGUCGCAAUAUUAUGCCGAGUCGCCGAACCAAAAUCAAUUUAUUCCCGCGAACAAUUAUUACUUCUCGAAUCGCUUGGAUAACGUCGAAACGAUCGAAUAUGAUGCAAAACCUCAAAAAUCACCAACAACAACUUCGACAACAACGAAUAAGCCAAGUACGCAUCCGCCUCCCGUGAAUCCGCAACCAUACCAAAACUACCAACCGAUUCGUCAGAACAACUAUCAGCAAAAUUUGGUGCCUUCACAGCGCGAAAUCUCGGAAACGGAUUUAUUUUUGCUGUCAGCCAUCGAGAAAUUAACCUACAAAGUUGAUUAUAUGGAAAAACGGUUGAAAAAAACGGAACAGCUGUUAUAUUACAUCAUGGAAGGCAAUCAAGCAAGCGAUCGAAUUGAAGAAAAGCCACCUUGUCCUCACAAUUUCACUCUGAUCGGCGACACUUGUUACUUCAUCGGCAUCGAUCGCGGCUUAAAUUGGAAGUCUGCAGCAGCAAUGUGCAAAUCUCUCGGAGGACAACUUGCCGAACUCGAUCCAAUUUCGCGCCAAAAAGACGUCGUCUUCCGUCUUUUGAACGAUUUCGCCUUUCGCGGCAAAGACUUUUGGGUUGGCGGUCUCAAUCCGGGACUCUUAUGGAUCUGGAUCAAUUCUGGCAAGCCCGUGAAUCCAAAUAUGAAGCUCGAAAAGAUGUUGCCGCAACGAAAAGCGAGAAUUAUCGUGAAUGACAAGCAUGAAAUUGUGCCAAGUACGGAAUCAGCACCGAUUGGAGGCUCUUUGUACUCCAUAGAUCGCAAAGAUGAACCAUUUUCGGAGGAAAAUUCAACUGAAGAGUCUGUAGAAUCAGAAGGAAAGGUCAUUAACGGCGUUUACAGCAAGGGACCAACAACGGUUAAUCCGAAAAUUAUCAAUAAACCUCCGACAACGACAACAAAUCGCCCGAAUUUGCAACAAAACUUCAAGGAUGACCAAAUCAAAGGCAAUGGAAGAUGCUUGAGACUUUCUUAUAAUCCAGCGGCACACACCUACGAAUACACAGGCGUUGAUUGCGUUCAACGAUCGAACUAUUUGUGCGAACUCAAGGACCGCACAUCGGAAAAUGAGAUCAGUCGGAUCGCAAAAUCCCUCAAAUUCCAUUAAAAUUUAAUUUAUUUCUGAUUUUUUUAAUAAAUUA